UAAAAAAUUAAAUUAAUGCUUGCAUUUCUUGACUCGGACGAAGACAAGUCCUAAAACCCAAUUAGUUCUCGCAACUGCAAGCCUACAAGUUUCUCCUCAUCGAUUCCUCCGGUUAAAUCUCCGGUCAUUUUUCCGGCGAGAUCUCGACCUUCCGUCGGAAAAAUCGGCGCUCUGGCCGAAGUCGAAGAUCUGAUCCUUUUUGCAUUAAACCCACCCGACCUGGAUUGAUGGCUCCGGUCUCGGCUCUCGCCAAGUAUAAAUUAGUGUUUUUGGGGGAUCAAUCAGUCGGUAAAACGAGCAUCAUUACUCGAUUCAUGUACGAUAAAUUUGACAACACUUAUCAGGCGACUAUUGGAAUUGAUUUCCUUUCCAAGACUAUGUAUCUUGAAGAUCGAACUGUACGGUUGCAAUUAUGGGAUACUGCAGGACAAGAGAGAUUUAGGAGUCUCAUCCCAAGCUAUAUAAGAGACUCCUCUGUUGCAGUCAUAGUUUAUGACGUUGCAAGCAGACAGUCCUUUCUGAAUACCGCAAAAUGGAUUGAGGAGGUUCGAACUGAGAGAGGAAGUGAUGUUAUUAUUGUGCUAGUUGGAAACAAAACUGAUCUUGUGGACAAGAGGCAAGUUUCGAUAGAGGAAGCAGAGGCCAAAGCUCGUGAGCUUAAUGUGAUGUUUAUUGAAACUAGUGCUAAGGCUGGCUUCAAUAUUAAGCCAUUAUUCAGGAAGAUUGCUGCAGCCUUGCCCGGGAUGGAAACUUUAUCAUCGGCUAAGCAAGAAGAUAUGGUCGACGUCAACCUCAAGUCUGGCAACAAUAAUGCAUCUCAAUCACAACAGCAAUCGGGAGGGUGUGCUUGCUGAUAACUUGAACAGGCAAACGUUGGUCGUUUCGAGCAUUCAUAUUUUGAUUGGACCAAGCCAACCCUUAAUGUAUCUGUAAAGUUGUUCCUUGGCGUUGAUAGUAUUGAGUUUUGGUUGUGAUUACUAGUGAGAAUUUUCAGCCGGAUAUAUUAGAUUGUUGUUUUAUAGUCGCAUGUAUUUGUUAAUUGUUGCAUCUCUGUAUCAUUUUAUUCACCUACGGCCAUUGACACCCUAGUUAGUAGUUCGAUUUUCUUUUUCUUUUUUUCUCUA